AUUACUGUCACUGCAGCAGUGUGCAGUGAGUUCUAUGCAAUUUUAAUGCUGUAAAUAUUUUUGAUAUAUAUGUUUAAAUUCAUAUUCCACUAGAUUUCUCAUUUUGCACUCUAGCAUUUUCUUAAUCUCUUUCUACAUGAAAUCCCAUAGGGCAGGUUAUGUGUUAAAGUAUAGGUACAGAAAGCUAAUUCUAUAGAGCAAACCUUAGGUACACCCUUUAUUGUUAUAAUUUGUAUAGGAAUGGUCAAGUUCAUUGUUUUGUUCUGUGUAGAGCGCUGGGCAGUACCAGCUUCCUUGUAACUUUAAUUAGACUGUCUAAUGAGCAGUCUGGCUUGGCCAUAAGUUCAGAACCUUUAAAUAGAGAUGCAAAAAGCCAAGAAACUUCAGUUCAUAGUAAAGACACAGAAGAGAGAACUCCAGUUAACGUCAAGAUAUUUCUCGUAUUGAUUGCAACCAAGUGUACUUGUCUUAUAGCCUCCAAUUGUAUUUUAUCUCGGAUUUUGGACCGUGGGAUGACGGAAUAAAGUUCCACAUAAGCCACACUAAAGUCUGUGAAUACAUUUCUUUUGGAGUGAGAGUAUUUGUUAGCCGAAACUCCGUCCGUUUAUCGAGGAUAAAGGGCGGCAGCCACAAUAAAAUACAACUGCUGUAGACAUUUACGCUUCGUAAGGCAUGAGUAAGCGAGAAACAUCGGUGAGGAUGACGUCACUGAAAGGAGCAACCAGGGAUGAGGACCUGCAUAGCCAAGUAAGUGGUAGCAGUAGCAGGAGGAGCAGACUGAGCAGGAGAUCGAGUAGAUCAUCAAAAAGUGAACUUUCUGCCCGUAAAGCCUCACUGGAAGCGAAAAAGGAAAAUGAAAGUAAAAUGCUAAUGUUGCUAAAAGAGGACAAAGAAGCUAAACAAGCCUUUCAUCAAAAUAGGAAGGCUGUUCUUGAACAAAAAAUGAAGACUCUUGAGCUUGAACAGGAAGACAUGGAAAAUGCCUAUCUUAGUGAGCAGAAAGCGAUUGCUGCUCAAAAGUCUAUAGUAGCUGCAGACAUAGAAAUCUCAGAACUGGCUAUAUUGGAAGAAUGCUGCGAAGAUGAUAGUGAAACUGAUGAUGAGGUUUCUAUUAAAGGACUGACACGGGAGAAAAGGAGCGAAAGGAUGGAGAGAUUCUUUGGCUCACAAGAGGAAGUCACAGUGAAAAAUAUCAAACCUGAGUCUCCCGUGGUCAAUACUCCACCAGUUAGUAGCCCAGCAGUGCAAGCCAGACAGGAUACAGCUGCAUCAUCUCUAGAAGAUUGCCUGCAACAGCUGGCUCGUUUUGUAGCAGGACAAAACGCAGCUAGUAACCAACUAGCCGUAUUCAGCCAACUCCCUAAGAUCGACGUACCAAUCUUCUCUGGUGAUCCUCUGCAGUACACGCUAUGGAAAAAUGCCUUUGACUGUACAGUGGAUUCAAAGCCAAUUGGCGAGCAGUACAAAUUGAAUUACUUGAAUGCAUAUGUCAGUGGCAAGGCUAAGGAGAUAGUAGAGCAUCAUCUUUUGAUAGGAGGGAGUAAUGCAUACCAAGAGGCUUUGAAGCAGCUAGAAGACAGAUUUGGUGACCCCAAUACGAUAAGCGUCUCGUACACCAAGAAACUGACUUCUUGGCCGAAGAUAUCAAGCCACGAUGCCAGUGGACUGAGGGACUUCGCAGAUUUUCUUCAGAAAGUUGUGGCAGCCAAGAGGAGAGUCCGCAACUUGGGAAUUCUGGAUUACCCUCAAGAAAAUGUAAAGCUUGUGGAGAAGUUACCAGGCUAUUUGGAAGGAAAGUGGCGUGAUGAAAUCGACAGAUGGCGUUCUCAUAAAGGCCCACAAAGCUUCCCUUCUUUCACAGAAUUUGCCGAGUUUGUUAUGAGAGCUGCAAGCAAGGCAAACAUCCCUGAGAUGGAGCCAUUGUCUAAGGAACCAAAGCGGAGUUUCCAAACAAAUCAAAGGAGUAUGAAAGCAAGGACCUUUGUAACAAACGGACAAGAUAAUGAACCAAGCAAGCUGUCCAAGGUAUCGCAUAGGCAUGGCCUUUUCUCAAUGUGCCCCUUUUGCGAGAGAGAUCAUCACAUUGAAGAUUGUGAUGAUUUCGCACAAAACUCUAUACAUGUGAAAAAGGCUUUCUUCAGGAAGAAAAUGAUAUGUCUUGGGUGUGGAGGAACAGACGAUCACUUUGUCAGAAAUUGUCAGGAGAGAAAGUCAUGCAAAUUAUGUGGGAAAAUGCAUCUCACCUGCCUCCACUACGACCAAAACAAACCAGACACAGCUGAACUGCAGGAAGGAACAUCGCAUUGCACAUCUGUAUGUCUGACACCUGACCAGGAUGGGAGGGAUCACAGUAUGAUCGUUCCUGUUUGGGUAAGGCAUGUGGAUCGACCAUCAGAGGAGACACUAGAAUAUGCCAUUCUUGAUGACCAGUCAAACGUGAGUUUUGUCUCCAAACGCCUCUGCAAGAAGCUAGAUGUUAAAGGAGAGAAAACGAAUCUUCUCCUUACAACAAUGCAUCAGACAGGGAAGAUAGAAAGUGAGAGGAUUAAAGGUCUUGAGGUACUGGACUUCAACAAGGAGAAUGUAAUCCAGCUUCCAACCACUUUGUCAAGGGAUUCGUUACCUGCAUCCCGCUCCCAGAUCCCUAAGCCAGAGGUAGUCAAGCAGUGGGACCAUCUAAACAGCGUAGCAAGUAAAAUGAUGCCAUACAGGAAAGAUGUAGAAGUAUCGUUACUUAUCGGUAAUGAUUGUACAAGAGCAGUUAGACCACGUGAAAUCAUAAGUGGAAAUGAAGAUGACCCAUAUGCCCAGAGAUCAUUGCUUGGAUGGGGAGUAGUUGGGAGAGUGCGUAAAACUCCUGGAGAACUCAAGUCUGCAACUUGUAACAAAAUCUCAGUCAACUCAUGCCCCAACUCUAGUUUCCAGACCAAGGUUAAGACAAAUAUCGGCCCUGAAAAGAUCAUUCAAGCAUUGGAAGCCGACUUCAAAGAGGAGAAGGAAGGUCGUCCAUCACUAUCGGUACACGAUGUGAGGUCUCCUGAUAUCUUGGAGGAGGGAAUAACAAGGAGUCAAGAUGGGAAUUACGAAAUGCCUGCACCCUUCAAGUCAGAUCAAGUCCAAGUGCCUGAUAAUCGUCCUCUUGCUGUUAAGAGAUGGAAUCAACUGAAUAUUCCCCAUCUUUCUCACAUAGGGGGAGUAUGGGAAAGACAAAUUGCUACUUUUCGUCGUACUCUAGAGCCCCUUCUCAUCAGCUCAGGAAACCAGCUCGACGACGAGUCUUUCAGAACAUUCUUAAAAGAGGUUGAAUUAGUAGUCAACUCUAGACCUCUUUCGACGACACACCUUUGUUCUCCAGAUGCUCCUGAGCCUCUAACACCAAAUCAUCUGUUGACUAUGAAACCUAAAAUCGUGCUACCACCUCCUGGAAAGUUCCAAACGGCAGAUUCCUAUUGUCGCAAAUGGUGGAGACGAGUUCAGCAUCUCUCCAAUGAAUUCUGGCUGAGAUGGAGAAAAGAGUUCUUGGCUGAACUCCAAACCAGACAGAAGUGGGUUACACCAAAGCGAAGCGUCAGGGCAGGAGAUGUGGUCAUCGUCAAAGAAGAAGGAGAAUUUCGAGGUAAUUGGCCCCUUGGUCGAGUAGAGAAAGUCCUUCCUAGCAAAGAUGGUCACGUACGCAAAGUCCAACUGAUGAUGGCAAACAAGUGUUUAGACGAAGAUGGACGAAGGAAAGGUCAGCCAACUAUCCUUGACAGACCGAUACAUAAGCUGGUGGUGCUAAUUCCUAUUGAAGAAACAUCACAAGGAAGGAUGCAAUCGGAAGACCAGAGGAUUCCCGAUCAAGGAGCCAGCCAAGAAGAAAAUAAGAAGUGAUGUCUUAUUGUAAAUGUUUAAUUUCUCUUUCUCUGAAUCUGUCAAACUCUUUCCCUAGUAUCCUUAUUCUCUCUUCUUCUUCUCCCUCAGCCUUUUCACUCUCUCUCUCUCUCUCUCUUUCUCUCUAUCAGCAUUCUCUUUCCUAUAUUUUUCUUGCAAUCAUUAUGUAUAGAGUGAUUUUUGGAAUGUUUAAAUUACUUCAGGUGUAAUUUGUAACAGUAAGAUCACUGAGUAAUAUUGAUUUAGAUUGAAAUCCAUUUCAUUACAUUGGUAUCAUUAACAUAUUUUUCUAUGGUCAAUGUAUUUGAUGUGCUUGACAUAAUAUAUAUGUACUAAGUAGUACAUUUUGACACUUGAAUCUAGUAUUGUUAUGCUAAGAUGAUCCCAUAAUCAGGUGAUUGAGCUAUUUACAUUUGUUUUAGUUUUACAGAUAAAUUACACAAUGGGAUCGGAAUAUCAUGAUUCCUAUUUUGGUUUGUUGUUCUUACAUUACUGUUUAUACUGUAGCGAGUAUUUAAAUAUUUGAGUCUAUAAUAAUUUGAAGUAUUAGUAUUCUGAAUCAAUUCCUUUUGUACUAUUUGGGUAACUGAUAGCAGGAUCAGUUAAAGGAGCCAUGUCACUGCAGCAGUGUGCAGUGAGUUCUAUGCAAUUUUAAUGCUGUAAAUAUUUUUGAUAUAUAUGUUUAAAUUCAUAUUCCACUAGAUUUCUCAUUUUGCACUCUAGCAUUUUCUUAAUCUCUUUCUACAUGAAAUCCCAUAGGGCAGGUUAUGUGCUAAAGUAUAGGUACAGAAAGCUAAUUCUAUAGAGCAAACCUUAGGUACACCCUUUAUUGUUAUAAUUUGUAUAGGAAUGGUCAAGUUCAUUGUUUUGUUCUGUGUAGAGCGCUGGGCAGUACCAGCUUCCUUGUAACUUUAAUUAGACUGUCUAAUGAGCAGUCUGGCUUGGCCAUAAGUUCAGAACCUUUAAAUAGAGAUGCAAAAAGCCAAGAAACUUCAGUUCAUAGUAAAGACACAGAAGAGAGAACUCCAGUUAACGUCAAGAUAUUUCUCGUAUUGAUUGCAACCAAGUGUACUUGUCUUAUAGCCUCCAAUUGGUAAGAUUGCUUAUAUGUUUUACUCUAUAUCUUUCUGUUGAUAGUUGUGGCCAAGAUAUAAGAAUAUAUAGAUUUAUAAUAUGAUUAUACCUUCAAUAGUUUCUUUCUUGAAUCAUAAACUUACUUGUGGUAUACUUAUCUUUCUAUGUUAUGGUAUAUAUUCGGAUAGAUUUGGAUUUCAUGAUAUUUACCUUUUAAGACCUCAUUGGUGUAAUAUUUACUGAUAGUUAUGUGUGCCAUGUUUAUUCAGAUAUACAAUUAGUAGAAUGAGUUAUUGAAUAUUUAUGUUCCUUGUUAGUAUAGUGGAGAUAUAUGUUUCUUGGUAGUAUAGUGGAUAUAUAAUCAUGUUCCUUGGUAGUAUAGUGUACUUUGGUUUUAUAGCUAGGAGUAAUAUAAUAUCCUAAUACAUGUGAAGUAUUUCUGAGUUCUGAUAGUAUAGUACAAGUAUUUCCUCUAUAUUUCUAGUCAUGGUUUACAUAUAUAGUUUUCUUAUGAAGAUUGUUUUACUAGUAGAUUAUAACCAUUUGUGGGUUGUCUGAAUAUGUAAGUCAAAAUGUAUAUUUGUAUCUGUUUUGUUUUCAGUAUUUUAUCUCGGAUUUUGGACCGUGGGAUGACGGAAUAAAGUUCCACAUAAGCCACACUAAAGUCUGUGAAUACAUUUCUUUUGGAGUGAGAGUAUUUGUUAGCCGAAACUCCGUCCGUUUAUCGAGGAUAAAGGGCGGCAGCCACAAU